GCAGCAGUGGAAGCCCAUGGCUAGCCAUGGGGCAGGAGGGGUCCGCUAGGCGCUAAGGCCAUGCGCUUUCGGCUAUGGGGAUACCUGGGCUGACUCUUUUCCUGCUGAUGUUGGGAUUCCCGGCUCCGUCCCUCCUCCUGCCUCCGAGGCCCAUCUGCGACCAGAGCGUCAUGGACAAGUACAUCCAAGAUGCCGGGCGGGCGGAAAGAGAAGUCGAGGAAAUGUGUCGGACGUCCUGCGACUUACUAGAACCAGUAACCGUCCUGGACACCAAGGUGAAUUUCCCUGCCUGGAAGGCCAUGGAGCGGUCAAGACAGGCCUGGGAGGUGUGGCAGGGCCAAGCUUUGCUCUCGGCGGCCAUCGUCCAGGUCAAGAGGCAGCCGCCAGACGGCCGGAGGUUCUUGCUCCAGCUGGAGGUCAUCGAGAGCUACCUGCGGAGCAUCCGGGAGAUCCUGCGGGGACACAACGCCCAGGUGGCCCCCCAGGACCCAGACGUGACCCCCCGCUUGAGGGUCCAAACAGUGCAAAAGCUCUUCAAUGUCUACUCAAGUUUCCUGCGGGGCAAAGUCAACCUCUUUGUGUCCGGCGCCUGCCAGGCCAACGCCACGUGACGGACCCCUGGACGGCGCCCCCCUUUUUGCAUUGAGUCCUAUGGGGGGAGAACCUGCACACUGGACAACUGACCAUAUGGUGGACUGCUUCACUGCACACUCAGUCACAUGCACACAUGAAGGCGGUGGCGCAACAGCCCUUUGGAUUCACCCUUCUUGCACUGGCUGCUCCCCCGUUGGCAUUCACACGUCGCACGCCAUUCCUGCGAGGUGGCACAAGCGGAAAGCCAAGGAUAUAUUACAGCUUUGGGGGAUUUUCUUGGAAAGGGUUGGAUUUCUCCCCAAGUUUUGGUGGAGUCCCCUUCCUUCUCUGGAGGCUUGGGUGGUGUCUUAUUCUAUGUCCUAAUAAGGUCAGACUAGAUGACCCUUAGGGAUCCCAAAUCUAUGAGAGAAAUGUCAUAACAUAUGGUGUGUCUGUCAUAUCUAUGGCUGGAUGGUCGCAUGUCGGGAGGACUUGGGUUGUGUUUUCCUGUAUGUCAGAAUAAGGUCAGACUAAUUGACCCUUGGGAGUCUCAUCCAACUAUGAGAGAUAUAUCAUAGAAUAUAGUGUGCCUAUCUAUCAUAACUAUGUCUGGAUGGUCGUCUUUUGGGAGAGCUUGGAUUGUGUCUUCCUUUUAAGGCGGAAUGAGGUCAGACUAGAUGACCCUUGGGGAUCCCUUCCAACUCUAGGCUUCUAUGAAAUAUCAUAGAAUAUGGUGGGUCUGUCAUAUUCAAGGCCUUGAAGGUUGUCUGUUGGGUGAGCUUGAAUUGUGUCUUCCUUUAUGGCAGACUGAGGUCAGACUAGAUGGCCUUUGGGGGUCCCAUCCAACUCUAGGCUUCUGUGAGAGAGAUAUAAUAGAAUAUGGUGUUAUGGUCAUCUGUUGGGAGAGCUUAGAUUGUGCCUUCCUUUUAAGGUAGAAUGAGGUCAGACUAGAUAGCCCUUGGGGAUCCCUUCCAACUCAAGAAUUCUAGGGUAGAAUACGUUGUGCUUGUCAUCUCUAUGGCUGGAUGGUUGCCUGUUGGGAGGGCUUGGAUUGUGUCUUCCUUUAUGGCAGAUUGAGGUCAAACUAGAUGACCCUUGGGGGUCCCAUCCAAUUAUGAGAGAUAUAUCAUAGAAUGUAG